ACAGCAGCUCACGCUUACACGGCGGAGGUUAUGGUUCCGAAGACCACGCGAAGACGAAGCCUCACGCUAGCGCCUCUGAGCAUCUACUUGACUCUGUGCGCUGCCUUCGUGCAAUCGCCAUCGUUUCGACUGCGGGGGAAUUCCAUCGUCCGUCGGCGCCGGGCUAGUUGCUGCAGCAGCAGCGGGAGCGGCUGCUGGGAGCUGCGCUCGUCCUUGGGAGCAAACGGCGAGAGCAACGUCGGAGAGGACAGCGAAGACGAAGAUGCGAGCAUCUACUCUUUCCCGGAUACACUCGGAGAGAGCGCUCCGGUUGGCGUGUCUCCCGAGAAAUGGGAGCGCGUGCUGCGUUCAGCACGGGAGACCACCUUGCUGUCACCGAACCCGGAACACCCGCCGAGCCACGUGGCUGCCGUGACGCUGCAGGCUCUGAGGCGUACCGACGUGCCGUACACGAACUUCGGCUGCGAGAUCGCGAUCCGGUUCUCCAGCACGUCCAACCCGGCCUCAGGCUUCACGCCAGGGGGCAUGCGCACCUACAUCGAUGAUCCAAGCAUGCCCUUCUAUCGAGUCUUGAGCGAUUGGGACGAGAUGGCGCCGGUGGGGGGCGCCGAGAUAGAUGUCGCGGAGCCGGACAGGGCUAACCAGCAGGUUCGCGUGAGAAAAGAAGGAGAUCCGGCCUGGAGCACGGUUUCCCUGGACUUGGUGAAGGAAGACGGGUGCUGGCUUAUCGAGCGUCUGUGGAUUGACGACAGGAGCGUUGCCGGCGGGCGGGCGGGUGGGGGAAGAGAAGCGUCUCCGCCGCCUCCGGCCCCUCUUUCGGUGGCGGAGCUUUUCGACGAGGACCGCUUGGAGAUGAUGUCGUGCAAGUACGCCGACUAUGACUCGGCCUGCCUAGCGGCAGCGGGAGGGGGGGACUGGCUGGAGGAGCGGCCGAACCCUUCUUUGUCUCCGAAGGCGGUGGCCCUGACGUGCAUCCUUUCGCUGAGGCAAAAUGACGACGGAAGCGGCAGUGACGCUGCCACCGAUGACAGCCGUAGGGACGGAGAGGCGGCCGGCGGUGAUGCCGCGGCGACGGCAGGGGCGGGGGCGAAGGCGACGAAACCGCGAUUAAAUGAGGGCUGCGAACGCGUGAUUAGGUUCUGCUCGCCCACCAACGUCGCCAGCACGCUCACGCCGGCGCACUUUGCUCAGUAUCUCAAGGAGCCAUGGUACGCCAUCUUUAACAAGUGGGACGAGCUGUCGUUUCACAGCGAGGACAUUUCGGAAGACGAGAGUACCGCGGAUCUCGUGGUUCUAUUGCGCCCCGAUAACGAAGAAGCGUGGACGUCGGUGAACUGGGAGUUAGUCAAGUGCGACGGCAUGUGGCUCACAGAGAGAAUAUGGGUGGUAGAUGUCUGAGGUCCGCGGCAGCUGAUGAUGGCGUUACCGGCGAUGAUGGCGACGGUAAUCGAUUGCUUUCCUCUCCGAAGCGCAUGCUUCACACAAGGCAAUGUUGCGUAGUGUUGUGGGGGUUGUUGUGUUUUCUUUUUGCGCGGUUUUACAUGCCACAGCCCUUAGUUCGGUGCGUGUGGGCCCGUUUCGGUUAGUUUUGCCGCUUGUGUUGCGCUGUGGUGGAAAAGUAUGAAUCUCUGGGCGUCGUGGGGGUGAAUGUUUGUCAAGGGUGUGGAGUGCACGUGCUCUCCAGAGUGCGAGUAAACGCAUCGUUUUUGCUGCGAUGUUGUCAGGUUUCGUGGAUCGCAGUAGCUUUAGCGGUGUUGAAUGGGGGGUGCAUGUGAGGCCGAAGCAAGCGUUCGGACAUGACGAUCUCAUCAUACAGCGCACCUCUGCUUCAUAGGUGCUCAGAAUACAUCUAAGUAUAUUACAGUUUUUGAUGCAGCCCCGCUGUUGAUUUGUCUGAGGUUGGAUUGGAUCGAUACUGAUGCGUACGGUUCUGGUGCCAACAACCUGCGACGAAAAUGCGGGCGGGGGGCUCUCUUGAGUGAUGUAAAUAAAGAGGUCCGUCAACCUUUAGAAGAAUGGAUUAUGUAUCGUACGAGCGCAAGCUUAAAAAUCAACGGAAUUGGCGGGGGUCGAAACAAGUGGUGGAGCAUGUACAGUAUACUGCUUGUAGCCGUUAUCUUCAUUGUAUUAUGUCCAGUAGAACCAUAACUUUAUGCGGGCCUUGUUGGGCUACCUUCAUGGCAACAGCAGGAGUGCCUCCCUCCUGUCGUGGGUGCACGACAUUAGAUUUAUUUACGAUGUGGGUGCGACGGGGCGGCCUCUUUGAUUGGGUCCAUCUCAGGCAGGCGUCGCCCAGACGUUUCGUUUUUGUCUAUUUCGACAAGGACGUAAAAGUCUAUACUGUAACUUGCGCUUCUUUUUGGAUAUGCGGAUGUCAUAACACGUCUGUCUUCUCUUGUGUGUCAAUCGUGCGACAUCCUUCUUUGUGGCCGUGCGUAUCCCCUUGCUUGGCAGCAGGCAAGAUGUUUUCAGCGGCCGCUGUUCUAAGAGUCUUUGGGGCUGGGGUCGUGCGGAGAUUCGUUCAGAGAUGACUACUGCUGUAGCAACCUUGACAUCAAUAUAUUUGGUUCUUUCUGAGAUUUUCUGAGAUUGAUUUAGAUGUGUAUCCAGAUACGGGCUGCCUUGUCCCAACUACUUACUGUGUGCCCUCUGCAGCUGCCCCAGGUUUCGUGUGUUUUUUUUCCUCUGUAGGACGUGUUUCCGAAGCGGUGCUCUCUGCACAUGUCGCAGAGCACAUUAAAUAUCCCGCAUCACCCUCGUAGCGCAUGACAAUUCU